AUGUUAAACUUGUUCUUUACAGGUUGAAAACAUUGAACUGUCAUCGGUAUUGGGCGUUAUAGUACUUAAGACUUUUCCGUAAUCCAUUUAAAGUCAUCGAACAAAAAGGUCGGAAGUUGGAUUUCUCGGCUGACCAUGUUCCUAACCGGUUGUACGUUCUAAUGUUAGUAUUAAGUACAUAAAAAUGAAUUACGUCAAUCAAAGCAGUAGUAGCAACCACUUUCAAACGGACGAUGAUUUAAGUAUUAAUGUGAGUUCCGGGCUAAGUUUUACAUCCGAAAUGGAUACGCAUAACCGUUGCUGUUCAGGACGGUUUUGGUGUAUCCAGGAUAUAUGUGGAAUCAUUUGCGUCGUCCUCACGUGGCUCCUGAUCCUCUAUUCGAUGUUUGUUUCAUUUUUUGUUAUCCUUAUCCCUGCAAUUUCGACACACACAGUGUUCAGUGUGUUCAACUUAAUAUUGUUUUUGGCCCUUUCCUCGCUUGCCUUUAUCUCACACAUUAGGACAAUGUUAACUGAUCCAGGUGCUGUGCCUCGAGGAAAUGCCACCAAAGAGAUGAUUCAAAGAAUGGGACUGCAACAAGGACAAGUUAUAUUUAAGUGCCAAAAGUGCUGUUCCAUCAAACCAGAAAGAGCCCAUCAUUGCUCAGUUUGCCAAAGAUGUGUGAGGAAGAUGGACCACCAUUGCCCUUGGGUAAACAACUGUGUGGGAGAGAACAAUCAAAAAUUUUUCGUCCUUUUUACAUUCUAUAUAGCUGUUCUCUCGGUGCACUCCUUAGUAUUGGUAAUUUUGCAAUUUAUUUCUUGCGUUCACUCCGAAUGGAAAGAAUGCUCGACCUAUAGCCCUCCAGCUACAGUCAUCCUACUGUUGUUCCUCGGUUUCGAAGCCUUACUUUUCGCAAUCUUUACAACUAUAAUGCUUGGAACCCAAAUGCAAGCAAUAUGGAACGACGAAACUGGUAUCGAACAACUGAAGAAGGAGGAGGCACGCUGGAUUAGAAAAUCCAGAUGGAAGAGUUUCCAUGCAGUUUUUGGACUGUUCAGCAUUCAGUGGUUCUCGCCGUUCACCAAUCCGCCUUUGGACGGGAAGAAAAGGAAUGCAUAUUUAUAUGCCGUUUGACAAAUCAUGUUCUUUGUUUUGAACAACAGUUGCCCUUAUAGAGCCGCUAUGAUGAUUGUUAUUGAACCACAUCGUGCACGUGUUUCGUCUUACCUGUACUCACCGGUUUUGUAAUUAAAUUCACCACCUUGGAGUGACCACAAAGAAGGCCGUCACAUGUACGAGUGUCGUCUUCAGUCUUAAAAGGAAAAAAUCUGUCCAUUCUCUGUCCGACCAUGAGAUAAUUUAGCGUGUAUAUUUUACAUGUUACACCCGUAUAUAGAUUUAAUCAUGUA